AAAUAGAUUACAUUAGAAUCAGUAUUUAUGUAUUGAUAAAAUGUUCUCGCAAGUGUUCUAUGAUCCUUUGCUUGGUGGAGCAGCGGCGAUGUUUCAUUUGUUAGCGCCUAAAUGUAGGCAAUACGCAAUACAUAUUUGAAAAUCAAGAUUAGUUAAAAACGAUUUCUGUUCUAUUUUCAUAUUCAUCUUGAUAAAACACAGAUUACACGUGUUGGUGGAUGUACAAGAGCUUCAUGUGGAAAAACGUACGCUUGUCUUACGAUCACUCCGGUUGGAUGGAUUUUUUCUUUGUUUGUAAUGCACCCAGACGCAUCGUGCGCUUGACGCAUUCCAUUAAUUAUGUACCGAAAGUGGCACACAUCAAGAAAGACUUUCAGACAUAAAACGCAAAACAAAGCCACAAGGUCCAGCGCCGGCUUCCACAAUGGUCUUACAGUUCGAUAAGUCAUUGCAAGAUUGCAAACACUGAACGAUACGCAUCCGCUAUCGAUGUUCCAAGGCAAUCAGAUAAGCAGCACGAGCGGUAACCGAAUCCGUACGUAAUGUUGACCAGCCCAUUUUGGCCCGUAGUGCCCGUUCGUUAUGGUCGUGUUUUCGUGGGUGUUAUUGCCAUGUGCGGUGGUGCUGGCCAGUGUUGCCACCAUCCGGUGGUUUUUGCGACGACGGCAAACGUUCUGGUUGCGGCACGGUAUACCCGCGGCUCGGAAUCCCCAUCUACUGUAUGGCAACGUGGCAGGACUAGUGGCAAAGCAACAUACAUCCACCAUCCUGCAAACGUUGUACCGGGAGUUUCGUGACCGUCAAUUACCGGCCGGUGGAUUUAAUCUCUUCUUUUCGCCCAUGCUGCUUAUCAUCGAUCGGAAGUUGAUCGAGCGUGUGUUGGUGCAAGAUUUCGCCCAGUUUCAAGACCGUGGCCUGUACGCCAGUGAAAAGGUGAAUCCGCUAAGCAGCGAAACGUUAUUCUCACUGGCAGGUGAACGAUGGCACCGUAUGCGGGAACAUCUCGGACCGGCCUUUGGCAAGGGCAGCGUGCGAACCAUGUUUCCGACCACGGCACGUAUCGCCCAGACGCUGGUGGUUUACAUCGGUGCGCAGAGCAAACGGCGCGAUCUCGAAUGGACGGAUCUGAUGGCACGCUACACAACGGACGUGAUCGGUAGCUGCGCGUUCGGUAUCGAUUGCCGUACGAUACGCGACCCAGGGACGGAGUUUCGCGCGAUGGGCUAUCGUGCGUUUCGCUGCAGCCUGAGACGCAUGUGGAAGCUACGGUUCGGAUACGCCUUUCGGCGAAUUGCUGAUGCGCUGCAGCUGUGUGUGAACGAACCGUGUGUGGAACGGUUUUUCCUCCAGCUGUGCCGGUCGACCGUUUUGCACCGGGAAAGCUACCAGCUGGUGAAGCGUGACUUUCUGCAGUUGCUGCUGGAGAUGAAAGCGACCGGCCGGCUCGAUAUGACGCAGGUCGCAGGUCAGUGUUAUUCGUUUUUCAUCGCCGGCUUCGAAACGUCCGCCAGCUUGAUGAGCUUCUGUCUGUACGAGCUGGCCAAAAAUGUGACCGUACAACAGAAGUUGCGUGCUUCGAUCGUGGCAGCGCUCGAUGAAACCGACGGUCAACUGAGCUACGAUAUGGUGAUGUCAUUGCGCUAUUUGGAUCAGGUGGUGAAUGAAACACUGCGCAUGUACCCACCGGUUGACUUUCUGUUUCGCGUUUCAAGCACCGACUAUGCGAUAGAUCGUGUCGGAACCAUUCCCCGUGGGACAUUGUUGGUGGUACCGGUGCAUGCGUUACAUCACGAUCCCGAAUAUUACCCACAGCCGGAAGUGUACGAUCCGGAACGGUUUGCUAGUGGGGCGAAGUCGUCGCACGUACGAGAUGGUGCCCCAUUCAUGCCGUUCGGUUUGGGACCAAGACAUUGUCUUGGGGCUACCUUUGGUCUAAUGCUGGUGAAGGUCGGUUUGGUGGCAAUGUUGCGCUCAUUUCGAUUCUCACUGAAUGUGGAUCGUACUCCGGAGCAUGUCACCUUUAAACCACGUUCACUUGUCCUAACCCCAAGCAGUGGGAUGUACCUGAACGUGGACCGGAUUUAACAGUUGUGAUAACACCAUACCUUUGUGGUGGUUAUCGAAAACACAGUACCUUCAAUGUUUUGGAACAGAUUAACAAAAAAAAAGUUAAGGGUCCAUAAAUACGUUUUGACAAGUCAUGGCUUCGCGUUGCCAUUUAUCUGCAGACGGGGUGUGUGUUUACCUAAGUGUACCGUGGUUGUAUGCCAUCUGUAUCUACAUAUG